UCGCGCCCCUGGACUCAACUCUAAUCUACACACGAAGGAUCCCGCCGUCCGAGCCGGAACUUGAAGUAAAACGUUCUUGCAUCUUCAAUAAUAGCAUACGAAUACGAGUACUGGACCUUGGGACGCCGCCUCGCGAGUGCGCCAAUUAUCCGAUAUACUCCGCUUGGCUGUGGCACCACCCGACGCGUACUGAAUCAAGUCGCACAGUCCGGGGCAUUUGAGGUGCGAAUUAUAAUCAACAUCUACCUACUAAGAUAGGUAGUUUUGUUUUGUUAUUUCGUCGGCUGCCAGCACCGCUGUCUUUACCAUUGUAUUCUCAGACCACAAGGGAGAGAAGCUAUGGAACCGACCACACCGCCAACACCGCUGUCUCAUCGAUUUACCUUGGAGCUAGAGUUUGUUCUCUGCCUGUCCAAUCCUCUUUACCUUCAAUAUCUGGCAGUAAAUUAUCCUCAUCUCCUCAACAAGCCAGCAGCCAGCCACAAUAAUGCAGAUCUCGAAAACUCCGAUGCAGCUCGAUUUGCACGAUAUCUGAAAUAUCUCUCUGAAUAUUGGCGCAGACCAGAAUAUGCCAAAUACUUGACCCACCCUGGCGCUACUCUGCGGAAUCUGGAACUCCUACAACAAGAGCAGUUCCGGAAGGACAUAAUCAGACCUGAUGUCAUUGCCAAAUUAUUUGAGACCGAGGCUGGACAGCCAGCUGUGCAACCUGAUAUUGAAAAUUCAGCCUUACAGAAUCCUGACGAGUCAAUCCAGACCGUUGCCUGAAAAAUUAGCGUUGAAGAUCUAGCAUCAGGUCCCGCAACAAUUCGCAACGAGAAACUUCUAUUUGUGUCGCAACACAACAUAUGCUCCAAUGCCAGCGACUCAUGGUCAUGGCGAUGUGGCGAAGCUUUGCGACCCGAGACAAUUGGCGCCGCAAGUUGAGACCGAAACCACUCAUUGAGAAAUCAGCCGCAGAACAUUCAGCACGGUGCUUACUGUGCACUCUGUGCGCGAGCAGCCUUGACAUGCAUUCAACGUUGUCACUAUGUAUCUUGGCCGUGAAACCAACAGUCGAUUAGAAAGCGAAGACUUCAUGCCACAAGAAGGGUCACGAGCGCGUUUCGCAGAGCUUGGCAGCGUUGUCACAGGCAUUACCUGGCAGACUUGCACUCGGGAUAUCCUUGCAUGUCUAGUGUUUAUUCACGAUCGCUUUCUUUCUCGUCACGAAGUACAAUUUCCAACGGUGCUAUGGAAAGAAGAAUAGGAUGAUGAUGAUGAUGCUCCGAUUUCGGAACAAUAUCUGCGCGACUGGCCACCUCGACGCAGAAAUACAUUUGUUACAAAUUGGCACCAGAAUGGAUGAAGUCGAUUGCGCCGUGGAUUUGGGACCGCCAACAACUAUCACUUUUAUUCAAAGAAAAGCUUCACGUAUCCAAACAAUUAGUCAAAAUACAGAAUCUCUAUCCGCGUACGGGGAUAGUUUCGCGUCAUA